AUGCGCCUCUUCCGCGGGCCGAAGCGCAGGGAAGUGACCGGGCCGCAGGCUGCGACGCCGUCUCCGCGUCGAGACGUCGCCGCCGGGCCGCAGGCCCCACACGACUACACGCUCGUCACCGCACUCCCAGCCAUGGUUAUGGAUGACGACGUGAAGGAGAUGAAGAAAGUGUUCGCAACCUGGGGCCGCCGAAUGGGUAAGAAGCUGGACAUGUUGAAAAAGUCUGACGUGAAGGAGGCCCCCGAAGAGACAUCACCUUCAGAAGCUACGAAUGAUGAGUCUUCAUCAAGUAUAACAGGACAAUACAAGAAAAAACAAAAUUGGAAAAUGGGGCGUAGCAGUUCCGACACUACGACUUUAAAAAGAGACAACGACACCGAUUCAAUUCGAAGUCCAGGUCAUAAGAGUUUGGGCUUUAGUAUUGUUGGUGGCACUGACUCUCCAAAGGGGCAAAUGGGUAUAUUUGUAAAGACAGUCUUCCCGAACGGACAGGCUGCCGACCAGGGGACGAUAUUUGAAGGUGAUGAGAUCUUGUCAGUUAAUAAUGUUUUAACGCGUGGACUCAGCCACGCCGGGGCUAUAUCCCUUUUCAAACAAGUUAAGGAAGGAAAAAUUGAAUUGACGCUUUCAAGACGAAGAGCACCUAGGUCAAGAUCUGUAGAACCACUGGGUAAUUUUCGCGCUGACAGUAAA